AUGACGGGCAGUGACGUCAGCGCAGCGCCACAGGCGGCGCUGUGGCGCUGCGAGCAGCCGAGGAAGAAGAACCGGGCACACGCCGGGAGCCCCGUGGGCUGUCCGCCACCACCACCACCCUCUACCUGGUCCUUUGGAUUGGAUCCAUAUCUGCACUCGAGUACAGCGACUCGAAGACAAGCCGUGCCUCGUCCUGUGAGCUGCUGCGGCAGCAGGCGAUGGAGAACGGCCACCCUCACGUUCCCCAGUGCAGCCCCCACGGCGCGUUCAGGCCGCUGCAGUGCGACGCGGCAGGAGAGUCCGUGUUGGUGUGUGGACGCCGCCGGGGAGGAGCUGCCCGGCACCAGGAGAGCGGAGGGCCCACCUCCAUCAUGUCUGUCGUUCUGCCAGCUACAUCGGCAGAGGGUGCUCCUGAGCGGGUACCUCAACGGCACCCGCGCUCUCCACCUGCCGCAGUGCGCACAGGACGGCCGCUACCGUCCGGCGCAGGUUGACUCCUCGGGCCAGGGCUGGUGCGUGGACGCCGACGGCAUGGAGGUCUACGGCACCCGGCAGCGCGGCGCGCCUCUCAGCUGCCCCUCCCCGUGCCAGGUGAGCGUCCGUCGCGCCGUGCGGGCAUCAACACCGGGCAGCCCCCCUCCUCAGUGCGACCGCGACGAGCAGCGUGUCCUGGCCACCCAGUGCCAGCUCAUCGGAACCGCUGGCCGCUCCACGCUCAGCAUCCUUGACGCCUUCAGCAUGCACCCCGAGGCGUUCCGGUCGCUGGCGGAGUUCCGCGCGCGGCUGCCCGGCGUGCACGCGUACUGCUACUGCGCCGACCCUCAGGGACGCGAGCUGCCGGAAACAGGCAUGGAGCUGCUUCCUCUGGGCGAGGAGGACGACGCCGCGGCACUCACGGCGCUCGCUCCCUCGGUGCAGGAGGCCCCCGUCUUCCGCUUGCUCCGCCGGCGAUUCCUGGCCCUGCGGCUGCUUCUCUCUGGAUCCUUCAGAUGCCCCACCGUGUGCGAGGUGGAACGCUCGCUAGCGGACCGACUUGGCGGACGUGGGUUCGCGCCCGUGUGCUCCCAGGACGGGAGCUACGUCCCCACGCAGUGCCACGGGCCCACGUGCUGGUGUGUGGACACUCGAGGGGACGAGGUUUUCGGCAGUAGGGUCCGAGACAGCGUCCCCAAUUGCGGUUCAUCUUCGAGUCCAUGCCAACUGGAAAGGCAGCGCGCCCUCUCCCAUCUCUUCCUUGGCCCUUCCGCACCGUUCAUCGACGACCUCAUCUCUGCCCUCCCGCGUGAUGGCAGUGCCUCCUUCGCCGAGUCGCCAUCUCAGGAGAUGCAGCACGAACUGUGGCUCCACUGGAGAGCCCUGAGGGAGCAGCUGCUUGACGGUGGACUUGGCGAAAUUCUCUCGCAAGCCUCUCGCCUCUUCCCGGCGAGCGGCCAGGGCAGCCGCCUCCUCGGUGAUCUCAUGGGGGGGAUCUUCCCCACACAGGAAUUGGCCCUCACCGCAGCUGGUGCCAACCUCCAGCCGGGUCGCAUUGCAGAGAUGCUCUUCGGUGGCGGGUUUCUGAAGAACCUCAAGUUCUUCAAUUUCACCGGCGCCGUGGGUGGCCGCGGCACGUUUAACUUCAGUAAGGUGUUUGGUCAGGUGGGGCUGACCGGCAUGUACGACGGCGCAAACUUUGAGGAGCUCGCCCGGCUCUUUGCCCCCGGCGAGGACUCGUACCUCACCCGAGGCUCCUCCAACUUCUCGCGAGAAUCCUUCAACUUUGACCAGUCGAUCGACGACUCCUUCGCGCGUGCAACAAACCUGGAGCGGAACAGAAACGUCCUCGGAUUUGUCGUCACGCUCCUCGAAGACCCACGUUUCUACGGCCUCAUCAGGGACAUCGCCCCUCUCAUCGGGCUCAGCGGCGGGGACGUGGGGAUGAACGCGCUGACCUUCCUGCGCGUGGCGAGGAAGACCGACCGACGCAGAACGCCGCGGACGCCGACGACGGCCCGCGGGCGUCGCGCCCGUUCGUGGCGCGCUGCGGCGAGGACGGCGGCGCCUACGAGCCGGUGCAAGUGCCGCGGCGCGGCCUGCUGGUGCGUCGACGUGCACGGGAAGGAGAUCGCGGGAACCCGCGCGGUCGGCGGCGCGCCGCCACGGUGCCCGAGCGCGUGCGAGGGAGAGCGCACGCGAGCGCUGCUGGCACGGAGGGGCCGCCCGGUGGGGACGCCGCUGUUCGUGCCGGAGUGCGACGGCGCGGGAGACUACCGGCCCGUGCAGUGCUCCGGCGACCGCUGCUUCUGCGUGGGCGCUGGCGGAGCGGAGGUCCCCGGGACCGGGAGGCCGCUCGGCGAUCCCGUGACGUGCCCCACCUCUUGCCAGGCGGCCGCUGCCGGCGAGCUUCUGCAGCAGCUCCGUCACCUGGGCCCGGUGCUGCAGCGGCGACGCACCGAGCUCACCGCCGCCCCUCUACGUCCCGCGGUGCGACGCGCGAGGCGGGUGGCGUCCGGUGCAGUGCGACGGCGCCGGCCAGCAGAUCCGGAGUUCGUCGACGCGUGGACGAAGGACGAAGGGGACGCUUCCAAAGCCACGCUCUCCGAUCUCAGGGCGCUCCUCGCGCGAGCUCGCGGCGCCGGCGGCGGCGAGAGGACUGCGAAGCUUCCUGAGUUUCUCUACGACUCGGGCCGUCAGGACUUGUUCCCCGAACUGUCGCUUUACCCGUCGUUGCGAGGUCCGCCCGAGGUCUUAAACUUCUCCGGCUCUUUCGGCCGGUUUCUGCGAAACCCCGAGGUGGUCUGGAAGAUCCUCACCGAGAACGCGUCCUUCGUGUAUACCGGCGAUUACGCCGAGUUCAGCGGCGGCUACGGCGACUUCGAGUCGCGGCUGUGCUGGUGCGUGGACGCCGCGGGCCACGAAAUCGACGGUACCCGCACCGCCUCGCCAGGCCAGCUGCCAAAAUGUCCCGGCGCUUGCCACUUGGCGGCCGCGGACGUGAGCCGCUACCUGCAGCAGGCGGACCUGCUCAUCGGCAGCGCCGGCGCCUCGUCGGCGGGCGAGGGCAUCGCGUUUGGCCGGGGCCUCGCGUUCACGGAGGACGAGCUGCUGGGCUCGCCUCUCGGCCUCGGGGACGUGAAGGGGGAGGUGGCGGCCAUCCUCGCCGGUGGCACGGGCUACGCUGUCCGACUGGCGGCGCAGGCCGCAAUGCAUUUCCACUGGCGACGGCGCUUCUUCGGACUGGGCACCAUCGGGGAGGGCGUCUUCAACGGCUUCGACCCGUACAUGCCGCAGUGCACCGAGCCGGGCGGCUGGGAGCCGGCGCAGUGCGACAAGAGCUCCGGUUUCUGCUGGUGCGUGGACGCUGCCGGCGAGUUCGUCGCAGGCUCCCUCGUGGCCCGACCCAGGCGCCGGCCGCAGUGCGCCACACCGUGCCAGAGAGCCCGUGCCGAGGCUCUUCUCACCGGCUGGAAGAGUUUGGGCUCCGUGGAAAACGGCAGCUCCAUUGAAGUCCUCACCAAACACACACCGGCCUGCACCCCGGCGGGAGGGCAGUUCGAGGCGCGGCAGCGCGACUCGGAGUCGGGCCUGGAGCGGCGCUCGUGGUGCGUGGAUCCCGCGAGCGGACAGCAGGCGGAGCCCCUGGGCAGGGACGACCCAAGCGGAGACAUUCGCUGCCCGAGUCUGUGCGAGCUGCGGCGGCGGCAGGCCCUGCUGCGCGACGCCGGGUUGGGAUCGGUGCCCGAGUGCGAUUCCCGCGGGGAUUACGCGGCGCGGCAGUGCGCCGAGGGGACGUGCUGGUGCGCGAGCGCCGGGGGGGAGGAGAUCCCCGGCACGCGGCGGCACGCCGGGGAGCCGAGCGUCGUCUGCCACGAGCCGCGGUGCCAGCUGCCCCAAGACGAGAGGCGUGCGGGAGGGUGGGCCUUGGUGUGCGAGGAUGGGACCACCGCCGGCGGGCUGCAGCGGUGCUCGCUGGCGUGCCUGCGUGGGUUUGCGCGCACCCUGGACGGAGCCGGCCAUGGUGGUGGUGCGCCGCAAGAGUUCCAGUGUAACGCCACCAGCGGGGAGUGGAUCGGGUCAUCGCCACAGCCGGACGCUUGCCAGGAAAUCCACCCAUGGCAGGCGGUGCAGCUGAGCAUCUCCUUCACGCUGCGCUUCCCGGAGGAGAAGGUGUGCAACCCGGAAUACGAGGGCCUCCUGGAAUCAUUCAACUCCUUCCUGCUCGCAGACCUCACUGCCCGGGGAUUCUGUCACCUUGCCAAUGGCGCGCAGGUACCAGCGUCGGCCCCAGGCGGAGGCUCCGCCGCGGUGGCGGUGUGCGACGUCGCCUCCGUGCGGGUGCGAUGCCAGGACGCGCUGCGCCUCUUGGUGAACGUCACGUGGAGGAGCUCGCUCUCGAGACUGCCGGUCCAGAGCUACCCCGACCUGCACAACAUCGAGCGUGCGUUUGUUGCGCACGCCCAGCGCUUCGCGCAGCUGCUGGACAAUCGCGGCUACCGCCUGGCGCUCAACGGCCGCGACUACUCCUCCGAGGGAGCCGCCCGCUUCCGCAAGGACGAGCUCUACGACACGUCGCCCGCGUUCCGCAUGGCCUGCGAGCCGGGCUAUGUGCGCAUCGCGCAAGGAUGCGCCGCGUGUCUCCGAGGCUCGCUGUGGAGAGACGGGGUCUGCGCGCCGUGCCCCGCCGAUCAUUACCAGGACGAGCCGGGGCAGACGGCCUGCACGCCGUGCCCCGCCGACUCCGGCACCUUGACCGCCGGCGCCGCCGCCGCCUCCCAGUGCCGGACGCCGUGCGAGCGGGAGGCUCUGAGACGGGGGCAGCUGGGGGCCGGCGAGCGAGUGGAACUCUACUGUGACCCAGAGGGCCUCUACGAGGGAGAGAAGCCGACCAAGGGAGGCCACGAUGAAGUCCGCAGGAUGUUUGAGGAGGUCCCAUCGGAGGACCUGGUUCUCGGGGCGGUGGACGCAGUGGCGCUGAGAAUUCGAACGGAGACGGGGCCUGUGCAGGAGGUGGAGCCGCGCUGUUUGCAAGAGUGCCUGAAGGAAGAGCGCUGCGACUUCCUCGUCUUCUCCACCCAGGGUGACGUCAGCUCCUGCCACUUCUACAACGGCUCGCGGGAAAGCUAUCAGUGCGAGACAGCGCCGGAGGCCCCUGGGUUCCUCGGGGACCCCGACUCGAGCUGGGUGGAGCGGCUCAGUUGCCGCCCGCGAGUGUCGCUCUCUCCCGGCUCCGUCUUCACCGUCUACAGGAAGAAGGGCCACGAGCUGCCCUUGUGGGACGGCCAACUGUACCGCCCCACGGGCUUCGGGAACGCGGCGAGCGGCGCGUAUCGAACCCUGGCCCUGCCGGCCGGCACCACGACCCUGCCGGACGCGCACCUCUACUGCCGCUCGGCGUGCAGCGCGCAGGCGUGCUGCGACGGCUUCCUGCUCAAGGAGCUGCCGCUCGACAACGGUGAUGACCGCGAUUGCGUGAUUGCGGUGUCCCCAUUUAUGCUGCGGGUGGAGAGGGAGGCGCCGGGAGAUCGGAUCGGCGGCCUCUCAAGUCCCAGUGCGGUCACCAUUGCACCACGGCAACACGCCUUGAUCAACUCGGCCAAGAAGCGGCAGAGCGGGUGGCCGCGCACGGCGGAUGAGUACGGCGACGGGGAGUGCUCCGGGCUGCGCGUGCACAAGCCCAGCCGCACCUUCGGCUUCAGCCUCGGCGGCGUCCACUACAACGCCACGUUCAAAGACCUGGGAGCGUACGAGAAGGACGCCGGCCUUCCCCGAGUCGCGGCCCGGCCCUCGAGCGGUCCACUGGAGGCUGGCUUCACGUUGGACCUGCAGCGUGGCGGGGCCCUCUUCAGCCAGAUCUACCUCUGGGCAGCCGAUGUGUCGGGACGGUUCUCGACCCUGCGGCCGGAGGAGGUGACGCUGCAGCCAGAGAUGCGCGUGGCGCAGCAGAACUUCUGGCUCUUCCGGAGGGCCUUCUCACCUGCAGCAGGCCACCUCGUGUCUCCGUCGUCGCUCGACGCGUCCGCAGGGUGCCGGGGGGAUGCGCUGUGCAAGGCCGCCGUGGUGGGAGACGGCCCGGCCGGCUGGCUCGAGUGCCUCCUCUACCCGGACACGCAGAGCUGCGGCACGAGCCAGCAGCUGCUGGAACGGCCCGCGCGCGUGCCCUCCUGCGCCAGCCUGCUGCCCCGGCUCGACGGGACGCUCUACCGGAAGCGAGCUGUGCACGGCCCCGGUCCUGCUCGGAGUGCGCCCGCGUCACGGCGCGUCGUGACGUCGCCUAACCCCCGGGCUUCGCGCUCAGCGCCCUACGGCAGCCACUCUGCAGAGCGUUCCACAUUCGAGGGCACCGCCGACGUUAUAUUGCCGUCGCUCAAUCGCUCGGAAUGGCAGAUCUAUGGGUGCGGGAAGAAGAGAGACGGUGCCGAGGGGCCGGUGCGACGCCUGUACCGCCGCACGGCUUUCCGCAGCGAGAUCGGCGUCCUGCUCCGUAGCGUUGCCAACCUCACCGGCAUGGCUCUCUUUGACGGGUUCUCGCGGUGCGAGCGGACGUGCGACGAGGACCCGUGCUGCGAGGGCUUCGCCUUCCUCCGGAGCUCGCUCUCCAGUGGGGAGGCGCUGCUGCAGUGUGCGACGCACACGGGCCCUGGCGUGCAACUCUGCGGUCGCGAGUCGCCGGUGGGCGCCACGUUUGGGUGCCCCCCUCCCGGGGUGGACACGGCGAGCUCCCUGUUCGGCUGGUACAGGGCACAGGCACGUUCCAGCCCCCAGACUGCACAGCUCUGCCCUGCAGUGAGUCUUCCUCCAGCUCCGACCAAAGGCGCCGCCGACGGCUUCCACUGCCUGGACGUCUCCACGGCCGCGGUCGACCCGACCAUCUCGGCCUUUGACGUCGUCGUUCUCUUGGGGCCCGGAGCCGGGGGAUCUCCGCGAGCGGCGCCGCCGUCCGACGAGUGGUGCCUGGCAGCGUGCCAGCAGAGCCCGUGGUGUGCGUCCGUGGGGGUUCGUCACCUGGAGGACCGUACACGCUGCGUGCUGCACGCCGAGACGCUCGCCUGCAGCCACGGCGCUCGGGGGGGCCGCCACUGCCGCCUCGGCGUGCUCGAGCCGCCCGCACGACUCUACCGCAAGAAAGGGGGCGGCCAGGGCCCCAUGAGGCCGACGGUGCCGCUGGGCUCUGGGCAGCUCCAGGGGACCUCCCGCACGGUGGAGGUGGACUCCCAGGUGAAGGUGGUCGACGUCUUCCUCGGCGUCCCCUAUGCCGCGCCUCCGCUGGACGCCAACCGCUUCAGUGGCCCGCAGCCCCCGCGGCCGCUCGCCGUCAACGAGACGUGGGACGCAGACCGCUACAUGCCGGACUGUCUCCAGCCAGACGGUCAGCGAGGCACCUCCCUGUCUGAAGAUUGUCUCUACCUCAACAUCUUUGUCCCCAAGGUCAAGCCGCACAACGCCUCCGUGCUCGUGUUCUUUCCCGGAGGAGACAACUCCUUCGGGGGCUCGGCUCAGGGCCCCCUGGAUCCCUCCUACCUCGCCGCCCUGGGCGACAUUAUCGUGGUCACAGCCAACUACCGCCUCGGCCUCUUCGGCUUCCUGAGCACCGGGGACGAGGCAGCGGCCGGCAACUGGGGCCUCCUGGACCAGCAAGCCGCCCUGCGCUGGGUUCGGGACCACGCGGCGCUCUUCGGCGGCUCGGCCGGUGCCGUGACGGUCGCUGGCGACCGAAGCAGUGCGGACAACGUGGGGCUGCACCUGGUGGCCCCGGGCAGCCGAGGCCUGUUCCAGCGCGCCAUCCUCAUGGGAGGGUCCGUGCUGUCGCCAUCGGCCGUGCAGCUGGACUCUGCCGCCGCUCGCUCUCAGGCCGCGUCGCUGGCCCAGCUUGUGGGCUGCGGCCACUCCAGCAGCGAGUACCUCGUGCGCUGCCUGCGCGGCCGCUCGGCGCUCGCUCUCAACGCGGCGCAAGCGCAGCUGCUGAGCGGCGAGUACCUGCAGCGCUGGGCCGCGGUCGUCGAUGGCCACUUCCUGCGCGACAUCCCCGCGGAGGCCGCUGCCCGCGGGGCCCUGGCCGACGUGGACAUCGUCCUCGGCGCCACGGAGGACGACGGCGCCCUCGGGCGCUCGCGCCUCCCGCAGGUGUUUCCCAGGUUCACCACGAUGAGCUACAGCAGCGCCGGCUUCGACGUCGCUUUGCAGAAGGUGCUGCGCGGCGCCGGGGACAGCUCGUUUGCGCGCGACGCCGUGCGGUGGUUCUACAAGCGGGGAGACGGCGCCGACCCACCUCCCCUCGCCGCCGACGAGUCCUGGCUCCUGAGCAACGUCUCGCGGGACUACGACGUGGUCUGCCCUGCCGUGCACAUGGCGGAGAUGUGGGCCUCGCGCGGCAAAGCGAACGCCUUCCUCUACUACGUGCCGACGCCGCAGUCGUGGAACACUCUGGAGUGGGAGCCACACAGCGACACGCAGCUGGCCUUCGGGGUGCCGUUGCACCCCGAGAGGAAGGGCCGCUUCUGCGUGGCCGAGCAGCAACUCUCUCGACACUUCAUCGGGUACCUGGCCAACUUUGUGAAGUCCGGAGACCCGAGCUUCCCGAACAGACACGCGCGUGGCGCCGGCAGCCGCCUCCUUCCAGCGUGGCCCAGGUUCUCCCUCAACGAGGCCGGAGGCUUCUACAAGGAGGUGCGGGCGGGCAUGCGCAACCACAGAGGCCUCAAGAUGCGAGAGUGCUCCUUCUGGAAGGACUACGUCCAGCCUCUGAUGGCCGCCACAGGAGGAAUCGGCGAGGUGGAGCGGCAGUGGAGAGAGGACUACCACGCGUGGCGCCAGGAGGCCCUGCUCGAGUGGCGGGUCCAGAUGAGCAACUUCCGGGCAGCGGUCACGGGGAGCAUGGCGACGGAGCGACCCGCCGCUGCGCCAUACGUGUGAUCCCGCCACCGAGCGCCGUGCCACCGUGCGUCACCGCCACCACCGCCGUGAUCUAAACUAGGCGCACGAUAAGCUACUUCUAUUUUUGCAGAUAACUUUUACUCUCCGGACUUUUGAAUGUGAAAUGUAAAACAUGUUUUUAAAUGCCGGGUUGAUUGCGUAUAAUCUGCUUUUUGUUUUUCAUGGGGAGCUUCUGUUGGUGCUUACUUUUGGUUAGCGGUAGGUCCUGCGGCUAUAACUUCCCGGGCAUCCGGCGGUCAUCCCACACGCACCGAAAACGUCCCUCGCGGAGUCUCUGGCACCUCGUCUUUAAAUAAAAAAGCCUCUGUACUGUCCGUUAUGUUUGAAUAAAAAUGUUUGCAAUUCA